AUGUCGGGUGGCAUGGCCAAUGAUAGGCUAGCACUGGCCUUGGAGCAGCAGUUUAUCAGCCGAUUGACGACCGCUGCUGGAGCGACUCUCUUGGUCUAUGACGUCAUGACGUCUCUUGAUCAAGAGGUUAAGUAUAUCUGGCAAUCGCAGUGGUCGUCUGUUAAGAUCUUAUACCUGUGGAUGAGAUACGAAACUUGCGUGAUGGCAGGCUUGGAAAUGUGGUGUUGUAAGGAUUUAUCUGGCAAUGUUUCGCGUGAAGCUCAUCAGUGUCACCGGCCUCUAGGCGCUACAGUUUGGUCUAACAACAUCGCAGACCUCAACGCCAGUGCCAUAGCAACUGCAGAGUUUUGGGGCGGACGACGGUUAAUAGGGGCUUUGUUGGCGCUCGAGUAUAUGUCCCUAGCUCCGAUGGCUCUCUACUAUUCAAACAGGUUCUUCAAAGAAGGUACAAGUUUCCAUAAGGAAGGCAUCGAUGGUUGUCUUGGGACAACUCAAGCUCGUUAUCUGAAGCUGGCUUGGGCCGUUGUCUUGCUCGAAGAAUCGACCUUUCUACUUAUGCUUCUCUUGAAAACAUACAAGUCCUAUAGGGGCCCCGAGAUCUUGGGUCUAUCUCGGCUGUUCCGAGCUAUCCUCACAGAUGGCAACAAAGUCUCACAGUUGCUAGGCAUCCUGUAUUUCGUCCUCAUAGUUGGUCCGUAUCUUGAACGAGCCACUCUAGAAGCGCAGGCUAACAGAGUUCAAACGCAGCUAUCAUCCUGA